AUGUUUUCUAAGGAAACCUUACUCGUCCUAGGCCUCUUGGCCAUGGUUGCUCUGAUAUCCUUUAGCGUGACAGUUAGGAACCUUGCUGAGACUUCGUCAGUGUUUGUAACUGAAGUUGCUAAGGAGAAAAAUGAUGUGCCAGAUGUCAAAUACGGAGAAAAUUCAUACUUCAUUAUAAAGAGUGAGACUAAUAUGUUGUUGAUGGGUUCGAAGAUAGCAAUAGUUUCUAUGCUGGCCAUGCUCCUUUUGAUCUCCUCGGAGGUGUUAGAGUUAGCUACUGCGGGUGGUGGGGGCAACCUUGGUGUUGGUGGUGGAUUAUCAGGUGCUGGUCGUGGUGGCUCCCCUCGUGGUCGUGGAGGCUUCCCUGGUGGUGGUAGUUUUCCUGCUGGUGAUGGUGCUGGUGGCUUCCCUCGUGUUGGCGGUGGCUUCCCUGGUGGUGGUGGAGGCUUCCCUGGUGGUGGUGGUGGUGGAGGUGGAGGCUUCCCUGGUGGGGGUGGAGGCUUCCAAGGUGGCGGUGGAGGCUUCCCUGGUAUUGGUGGAGGCUUCUCGGGUGUUGGUGGAAGCUUCCCCGGUGGUGGUGGAGGCUUCCCGGGAGUUGGUGGAAGCUUCUUCGGUGGCGGUGGAGGCUUCCCCGGUGUUGGUGGCGGAGGCGGCUUCCCCGGUGUUGUUGGCGGAGGCUUCCCUGGUGGAGGUGGCUUCCCAGGUCAACGAGGUUAAGAGUAAAGAAUGAGACACUGCACGUAGUUCUACCUAGUUUCUACCUAGUUAUAAUAUAUUUCAUGAAUAAACUCGUGUUGUGAGAGGCAUGGAUAUAGUCAACAAAGAGGCCUGUCUUUUCUCUAACCUUUCUUAAUUAUCACUAGAGUUAUUUCCCAGUAAGAAAAUGUUGAAUAAAAUUAUGAUAUAUGUGCAAAGUUAUCGUUUUUCCUAUGAAUGGUGAGUUUUACUUCUACCGUUACUACA